AUGCCCGCAAGGCCGAAUGCACCGAUAAGGGCAAGUAGGCGAUGGGACGCCGACACGUUGGUCGCCCCCGAAUGGCUUAACAAUGGUGACAACGCCUGGCAAUUGACAGCCGCAACUCUCGUCGGCCUACAGUCGGUUCCUGGUCUUAUGGUCAUGUACGCCGGCUUGGUGAAGAAGAAGUGGGCAAUCAACUCCGCCUUUAUGGUGCUCUAUGCCUUUGCAGCCGUGCUCAUUUGUUGGGUGAUUUGGGCUUACAAGGCGGCCUUUGGAAAGCAAAUGUUGCCUUUUGUUGGCGUACCUGGCCCUGCGCUCACGAUGAACUAUGAGUUGGUACAGGCAUAUCUGCCCGCAGCCGAUCUUUACGCAGCAUACCCCAUGAGCACGAUGAUAUAUUUCCAGUUUGUCUUCGCAGCCAUUACACUCGUCCUGAUUGCUGGUGCCGGCCUCGCAAGAAUGAACUUCACCGCGUGGAUGUUGUUUGUUCCACUCUGGCUGACCCUCAGUUACACCGUGGGAGCCUUCAGCAUCUGGGGAGGUGGUUUCUUGUAUCAGAUGGGCGUUCUCGACUACUCUGGUGGAUACGUCAUCCAUGUGUCCUCUGGAUCGGCCGGUUUUGUUAUGUCGUAUUGGGUUGGACCGCGACAUCCUCGGGAUCGCACAGAAUUUCACCCCAACAACGUUCUCCUGGCCUUGGUGGGCGUUGGCCUUUUGUGGCUUGGCUGGAACGGCUUCAACGGAGGUGACCCUUAUACCGCUUCGCCCGAUGCCGGCGCUGCAGUGUUGAAUACCAACAUCUGCACUGCCAUGAGCAUGUUAACCUGGACACUGAUGGAUUUGGCUUUCUUCAAGAAGCCCGCUGUGAUUGGUGCUGUUCAAGGAAUCAUCACCGGCCUUGUCGCAAUCACUCCCGCCGCAGGGUUUGUCGCUGGUUGGGGUGCCAUUAUUAUUGGAUUAUGCUCCGGUAUUAUCCCAUGGAUCUCCAUGAACAUUCUCGGCAAGCAGAAAUGGUUCCUCGAAUUUGCGGACGACGUGGUCGGUGACUUCCACACCCAUUUGGUUGGUGGUAUCGUUGGUGGUUUCUUGACCGGAUUGUUUGCCACUAGCGAAGGCACAGCCGCUUUUGCCCUGUCCCCAACUGGCGGUGCGAUUGAUGGGAAUGGCCGACAAGUUUGGGUACAAAUCGUUGGUUUCUUGUUCAUUAUUGGGUGGAACAUUGUUUGGACCUCCUUGAUCUGUCUCUUCAUCAAAUACGUGUUGAGAGUGCCUUUGAGAUAUAACGAGGAGCAACUCUUGAUUGGUGACGGUGAAGUUCAUGGAGAGCUUCCGUAUGCAUUCUUCCACGACGGCCGUCAUGACUAUGAUGCCAAAUACGGCCAGCCAGACCCGGAAAGAGCUCAUGAGAAGAUCGAAGGUGUCGAUGCUGGCAGAGACAUCAGCAGUGAAGAGGGCUCAAGCUCGGGCGGCAAUAAUCUGAGCGGAGGACAGAUUGGAGCCGUUCAUCCAAAAGUGACCAAGCAACAUUAAGCUUGACCUUUUUUUUUUCAUCUCAAGCCAGUGCGCUGGAUGUAGGAUUGGGGCGUUGUUUGUAUGAAAGUCGUGGUUUGAAGGCAGCUUCGGAAGAGACAUCUCAUACAUUUUCUCCACGGUUCCGGAGGGACAUGCUUCAUGAAGUGUAAGAGGCCAGCCAGAGACAUAUUCUUUGACCAUUUCAAUAUACCCCUUAAUAAUUUGAACCUUUCCUAAGACAUGAUGAAUGUGCGCAGUUGUUUGUUUGGGAUGAAUUAUC